AUGGUAGACUUUCCCCUCCAAAACAUCCUCUUUCGUAACUCAGAUUCUGAAUCCUCUAUGGUGAGGCUUAUCAUCGUAAAGGUAGCUUCUGGAUGUGACAUCAUUGAAUCCAUUCUUGAUGUUGGUCGGAAAAAUCACACCAGUCUCACUAUUCAAAGUGCCUCUGGUACCAUUGCCUCGGUAACCCUUGGUGACAACCCUGAUGUAAGGUUUUAUGGGCCAUUCAACAUAGUUUCUCUUACUGGCUCCUACUUAUAUCACAACCAAGACACCCCUCUCUUGGAACUCAUCCCUCCGCCUUCCUUUUCCUUUGGGCUCAUUCUCUCCACCCGUCAUGGUUCUGCAUUUGGUGGUAAUGUCGGUGGUCGACUCAUCGCACAUAAUGAUGUCAACUUGACCAUCUUCACCUUCAAUAAUGAGUCUUAG